CUGAGCUCCUGCCUGCAUGCUCCUGACAGCAGAGCCCUUCAGCAGCAGGAUGGAGAAACGUUCCCGGAGCACGUCACGCUCUUCCAGGAGCUCCAGCAGGAAGGCCAAGGAUACAGGCAAGGAGCGGGCUGGAAGCCUGGAGCCCGGGGAAAGGAAGAGGGGGAGAUCUGACCCCAGGAGCAAGAGGAGGGAAGAAGGCAAGGGGCAGGAAGCCCUGGCGAGUGAUGGGAAGGUGGGGAGCUCCACCGUGGUGGAGGUGGACAAAGUCUUGGACUCGGAGCAGGACUCAGAGCCGGAGGAGAGAGCAGCAUUGCUGGACACUGAGGGGCUUGAGGAAGGUAUGAAGCUGCGGACCCUGGGGUUCUGGGAGUGGAUUCUGGUCAUCUUCGCCGUGGUUCUCAUCAUCAUGUUCCUCCCAGUCUCCAUCUGGUUCUGUGUGAAGAUCGUGAGGGAGUACGAGAGGGCGGUGAUAUUCCGGCUGGGGCAUCUUCUGCCAGGGAAACCCAGAGGACCAGGUCUCUUCUUCUACCUCCCGCUCCUUGAUGUUUACCACAAAGUGGACCUCCGCUUGAGAACCUUCGAGAUCCCGUUUCAUGAAAUAGUGACGAAGGACCUGGUCACCCUGGAGCUCAGUGCGGUGUGUUAUUACCGGCUGGAGAACGCUCCACUCUGCCUCACUGCUGUCUGUGACUCCUCCACUGCUCUCCGACUCCUCGCUCAAUCCACACUGAAGAGCUGCCUGGCCCACCGGGACUUCACAAGCAUCCUGCUGGACAGGAAGAGCAUCGCAGAGGAAGUCAAGAUAGCGCUGGAUGCUGUAACCUGUCGAUGGGGAAUGAAAGUGGAGAGGGCGGAAAUUAAGGAUCUCCAUCUGCCAACUGAACUCCAGCACACUCUUUCAGUGGAGGCCGAGGCACAGAGACUGGCCAAAAUCAGAGUGAUAGCUGCUGAGGGGGAGAGGGCUGCCUCGGAGUCCCUGCGCUUGGCUGCGGAUAAUCUGUCCGGCUCCCCCCAGGCUCUUCAGCUGCGCUACCUCCAAACCCUGCACAGCCUCGCCAGCGAGAGAUCCUGCACUACCAUCCUGCCACUGCCCUUUGACCUGCUCCACCUGCUCACCCACAGCGAGGGCACACACACACCCCGGGAGCAGGGAGAGCCCAAGAAAGACUCCCCCAUGCUCUAACUCACAGCUUCUCAAACUCUUAUUGCACACAGCUGUAUUGGGACUCCCUUUAGAGUGUCUUUCAAGACCCCUGAUGCAAAGAUUGUUAGAAUUCAAAUCCAGGGAUAUAUCACUGGUUAAACUGAAUCAAUGGUGGUGUUAUCCACCUUGGUGUGUGUCUGCUACAAGUUUAGUGCUGGUAAACGAUGAGGAUCAAUAACACUGGCUACAGUGAGAGCUUCGCUCAUAGCUCUGCAAGGGAGAGAGAGAACAAUCCCUGCCUGCCUGCCUCUCAAACACAGGUAAUCAUGUAACCAAAAGGCAUUUUUUCAAAGAAUGUCAUCAUUAUUUUACUGUUUGGGGUGCAAAUGCUUGCCUUCUAUUAUUAGUAGUUUGGUUCUAAUUUUGUAACAUUAGCAGGUGUUUUUUUCUCUUUUGAAUAAAAUAGGAGUUAAAGACAUGAAAGUAGAAAUGUUAGAUUGGUUUGAUUUCCUAAAUGUUUUAGAAUUAAAUGCGUUUGUAACCAAUCAAAAAAGGCCUCCUGAGAAGCCCUCAGUGCUAUUACUAGCCUUUACCAGACUAAAACAUUAAUGUUGAGGAGACUGCAUGUACACAGAUAUGGCCAAAAGUUUAGCAUCACCUAGAAUUUUAGGAUCGAGACAUAAUUAAAUAAAAACAAUAACAUAAUUUAGAUAUUUUAUUUAUUUAACAUCGUAUAAUCAAAGAAACUACUAAAUGAAAUCACAAGUCUACCAGAAGCCACAAUAGUAGUACAGGAUUUAAUGUUGGAUUCCGAAAUGUCACAUUUUUCAGUUUUUGUCAGUUUUGCGUUACAUAUAUGGAAAACUACAAAGAGGUAUGUAAUUCAAUAUGUUCAUGUCAUAUUAUUCAGUGGUUACAUUCAACUUUAUGAUGCAAAAUUAGUUAAUUCUAUAAGGUGAUGCAAAACGUUUGGCCAUAACUGUAUGUGUAUAUGGAAAAGACUGAAUAUUGAAUAAAAACCCUUACACUGUACACAUUCUACUGUAUAAACACUACAGCUGACCUCUACAUUUGACAUGCAUAUCUUUAACAGUGGUAAAAGGAAAAAUUCUAAACACUUCAGCUUGGACAUUUCAAAAUGUUUGAACUGUGUUUUAUUAAAUACACUGCAUGUAUUUGAAAGCAUUGUUUAAUUUGAUUGGCAGCCUUUUGGAAGCGCACGUCUAGUGGAAUCUCUUGUUGAGCUUUGAUGUUUGCUCCUUGUUCAAUCUCUUCUCCUCACUGGAUUUGUUUCACAGUUUCAGUCUUCAAAUCUAAAGAAAGGAAAUAGAAAAUAAAAGGAAUUAACAAUUGUUCAUUCUGGCACUGAAUCACUUUUUCAGACUCUACUACAAUUUUUAUUUUAUUUUUAUUUUUUACUAGAUCUCAUUUUGGAUUGUACUCACUCAGAUCCAAACGUCAAAGUUACUGGCUGAAAAGACCAAUUAACCUGAAAAAAAUGUCUCUGCUCCUCAUCUACAAAGUUACAGAAACUUAAUGUUUUUCAUGUGUUGUGAAACCAUUGCUGGAACAAAGGGGGAGAGGAGGAGGGCAGGGAGGAGGGUGAGGAAAGGGAGAUGGAGAUGGAGAGGGAGACAGAGGAGGGAAAUAUGUAGGGAAUGUGAAGAGAAAGGAAAGGAGAGAAGGGAGACAGAUAGCUUUAACUAGGGAGUGUGCUCUACUGCUCUCAAUGUGAUAUUGACAGGGUCAGCUCUACUGCUUUCAAUGUGAUAUUGACAGGGUCAGCUCUACUGCUUUCAAUGUGACAGCCAUUAAAUGACCCCAUCAUUAAGUCAUUUAUUUUUUCCUUUGCAUUUUAAAUGAUUUAUUUAUUUGGACUUGUGACUUUAACCACAGUUUGUAGACCCUCAUAGGCGGCCCAUUGUACCGCGGAACAGGUAAUAAAGCGGUCAUUGCUUCCAUUUGCCCCAUAAUGCCAUUCCACCAGCACCUUCAUUAUACAGCUAUGGCCAAAAGAUUUGCGUCACCCUAUAGAAUUAACACAUUUUGCUUCAUAAAGUCGAAUGUAACCUGCUGAAUAAUGUUAUUUUAACAUAUUGAAUUACAUACCGCUUUGUAGUUUUCCAUAUGCUUAACAAAAAACUGACAAUAACUGAAAAAUGUGACAUUUCGAAAUCCAACAUGAAAUCUUGUACUACUAUUAUGGCUUCCGGUAGACUUUUGCGAUAUCAUUUUGUAUUUUCUUUGAUUACAUUAUGUUAAAUAAAAGAUCUAAAUUAUGUUCAUAUCGUUUUUUUUAUUUUUAUUAAUGUCUCAAUCCCCAAAUUCUAGGCGAUACAAAACGUUUGACCACAGCCUAAGGCAGAACCAGUAGUUAAAUGAACACAUGCUUUAGGGCCUGUCAUGUGCUGAAAUCAACAAUAAACCAGGAGGUAAGAAUGAGCCCCAAGCACCUCACACACAAAGCAGCACAACUGUAUGGUUUACAGGUUCUUGUAUAGAGGAAGAAAACAGACAGCUGUCUGGGAGCAACUAUAAAAUGACUAUGCAAAAUAAACAGAAUAGUGUAAGUUUAGCCAUUUCUGCUGUGGAGCAAUAAACACAAGUUACAAUAUAGAAGUAAGUUCAUAAAGAACAUGUUUAUUAACAGUUGAUUAUAACAACAUGCAGGGGUGUGGUAAAUGACAUCACAGCUGUAAUUACCUCAGAAGAAAUUAAUUUCUCUCACACAUACCAACCUCAAUAUAAUAAAUUAGAAUAUAUGAACAGCAAUUCAAUUGAAUUCUAUAUUUUAAUUAACUUGAUUAGCAUACAUAGGUUAGGUUCACCAAAAACUACAGUUUGCCUUUACGCAAAAGUUUAUAUUAAAUUUAAAUUUAAAAUUAUGAUACAAAAAAAACCAAAAAAAUAAUACAACCUGUAAUAGACAUACCUAGUGAUUUCUUUGCAAACAUAGGAGUUAAGAUAUACCGGCUUAUAUUAUCUAUGUGCUUGAAUUAUUCUACAGUGUAGCCAAUCUAUCUUCUAUCCAUACAACAAUAAGUGAACUAGUAUACUUCUAUGUACUUAAAAGGAAAGAUAUCUGUCCAAUAAAAAUCACAAGAACCGUUAAUCUCAAUAAAUAUAGUUCCUUCUACCCCAGACCCUGCAGACAAGUAAACCACUUUACAAAAACAGAACGUACAUAUGCAACCAUGUGAACUGAUUCAAUACUGAAAUAGUUACAAAAAUAUAUUUUUAAAACCCAACCACAGUUCUGUGCAUAGUUAGUUUGUAAUGCACCAUCAACCGUUUCAUGGUCCUAUCGCAAAGCAUGGGGUAAAUUGUCUUUUGAUUACACAUAAAUAUACUAUUGUAACAAAUGCAUUUGGCACGUGAACCUUGAUUAAUUCAUGUUUUUGUGUUUAAAAAUAUUUAUGGUAAUGUCUUUGUAAAUCAGCUUUUAAUAAAACUAAUGAACUAACUUCA